CCCUGCUCCCUCACUCUCGCAGCUCUCCUCCUGCUCUCUGCAGCCCACAGCACGGGGCUGCUCUCGCGUCCCCUCGGCCUCUCUGUCGGGCCCUGCGUGUGGAGGCGGCAGCCCGCCGAGGUCCUGGCGACAGGCACAGCAGCGCAGGUUGGCAGCAGUAGACAGUGGCCUCUUGCCCAGGAAGGUGCGGUGUGCCAGAGCGAGCCUGAUCCCAGCCCGCCGCCAGGAUGUCCUCCAAGAGCAAGGAGAACUACCGCGACAUCGAUGAGGAUGCCAUCCUCAAGGGCCUCAGUGCCGAGGAACUGGAGCAGCUGGAGUGUGAGCUGCAAGAGAUGGACCCUGAGAACGCCAUGUUGCCGGCGGGCAUGCGCCAGCGCGACCAGACCAAGAAAAGCCCCACGGGACCCUUCAACCGUGAUGCCCUGCUGGAGCACCUGGAGAAGCAGGCCCUGGAGCUGGCCGACCGCGAGGACCUGGUGCCUUUCACCGGAGAGAAGAAAGGGAAGCCCUUCAUUCCCAAGCAGUCGAAGAGAGAGAUCCCGCGGGAGGAGCAGAUCACCCUGGAGCCGGAGCUGGAGGAGGCCCUGGCCAACGCCACCGACGCCGAGAUGUGCGACAUCGCAGCUAUCCUGGGAAUGUACACCCUGAUGAGCAACAAGCAGUACUACGACGCUCUCUGUUGCGGAAACAUCGUCAACACGGAAGGAAUCAACAGCGUGGUGAAACCCGACAAGUACAAGACAUACCCCGACGAGCCCCCAAACCCCACCAACGUGGAGGAGACCCUCAGGAAGAUCAAGAGCAACGACCAGAGCCUGACGGACGUCAACCUCAACAACAUCAAGGAUAUCCCCAUCCCCACGCUGAAGGAGAUCUUCGAAGGCAUGAAGACGAACACCUCGGUCAGGAGCCUGAGCAUUGCGGCCACGCGCAGCAACGACCCGGUGGCCUUUGCUGCUGCCGAGAUGCUGAAAGUGAACAAGAGCCUGCAGAGUCUUAAUAUCGAGUCGAACUUCAUCACGGGGGAGGGCAUGAUGGCCGUCAUGAAGGCCAUGCGAGAGAACAGCACGCUGACGGAGAUCAAGAUCGACAACCAGAGGCACUCCCUUGGGGACUCGGUGGAGAUGGAGAUUGCCGCCAUGCUGGAGAGCAACCCCUCCAUCGUGAAGAUCGGGUACCACUUCACCCAGCAGGGGCCCCGCGCCCGCGCCGCCAUCGCCAUCACCAAGAACAACGACUUCCUCCGCCAGCAGAGAGUCAGAUGAGAGCGCCCCGGAGGGGGUGAAGGACAGGGGGCGCCGCUCGUUCAGGGACUGUGACGUCACCCCCGGGCCUUCCCAUAACCCCCCUCUCGCCCCGGGACUUCCCGCUGCGAAGAUCCAGGAGCGGAUCGAGUGCCCCCCAGCGGUCUGUGAUGUACUAGCGCCCCCCUCUUCACUGUCUUCUUCCGCUUUCUUUUCCUUUGCUGAGGAAUUAAAUUCCCAAAUAUCGGGGUCGCUUCCCUAGAGGCCUUCGUCUUCCUUCCCGUUUCUGGUUUCGGCCCGCUCUGCGUCCCUCUGUGAAAAUCCUUAGACGUCCCGGCUGAUGCUGACAUCGGCAUGCCGUGAUCCGAGCUCGGACUCCUCGAUGCCCCGCGGGCUGGCGAAGAGCUGAAGUUCAGGCCGUGAUUGAUGGAUCCAAUUAGGUCAGUAAGAGCUCAGGAAGAAAAGCAGGAAAGCCCUGCGGCUUUCCAGGUCCAGGAAGGAGGAUCACGGUCCUAGAAAGGUCGCCUUUCGGAGGAUCGGAUGCCGAAAGGCAUAUCUGUGGCUCCCAGUAGGAGAGUCCACCGGACAGCUUCACAGGACGAACGGGAUGAGGUCCCUCGGAAUUGGGCACUUCCAUGGAACGUCAGCCAAGAAAAGUCCGCCUCUGCUAGCCUUCCAGCUCGUUUAGGGUUUGAGGACGUUGAGGAAGCUGGGGCAAAACAGCUUUUACAAACACUGGCAGGAGUCGAAGGGAAGGUUCAGGCCGCAAGCUGCUUUCUGCGGUAAGCUGUCCUGCAGAAUCCCUGGUGCAGUAUGGGAGUUUUGAGAGUUGCCAAUCACAGCACAGCCAAACUGGGGGAUAAGAGAAGGCACUGGAGAACUCCCCGGAUCUGCUCUAAGGAGGUGUGGCAGUGAUCCCCACGAUGGCCACAGAGCUCACUAAUCAAUCGAGACUUGUGUUUAAAUAUCUUCAUCUCUUAUGCUGUAUAGAAAUGCAAGCAGCGAAUCUUUAAGUGAGAAACCGUGUGAACUUUGGCUUGUUCUUACUUCAUUGCCCUGGUGUCGCGGACAGCAGAGCCUACGUCAUUCACCAGAGAUGCCAUCAUUCCAGCAGAAGGCAGUGGCGCAGGCCUGACAAAACGAAGCCUUAGCAAAAGAAAAUGAAUUAACGGAGAAGCAGCUUUUUGCAGCGCGUUUGACGCAAUUUACCAAGCCUCCCGUGACGCAGGCAGCCCUUAACAAAAGCAAGUUUCAAGUUGUUUGACUUUAAGUACGCAAUAAGUGUAAAUAGUAUGAAUAAAACUCAAUUUAAAUUCU